AUGGAGAUAUCUCAGUCUCGCAAGCGUGCACGCCCUGUGGUUUCUUGUCUGCGGUGCAGGGAAAAGAAGCUUAAAUGCGACCGUGUCGAUCCAUGCGAGAACUGUAUCAAAGCUGGGCAUCGUGCAAAUUGUGCAUACAAUCAGCACCCGACGGAGUUGCCUUCGAAGCCCAAGCGCGUGCAGCUCAAUAUCGAUGCGUCUGGUAAUUCCGAACAACUGAACGGGGUCGGCAUUGGUAUCAUCGAAGACCUUCAACAACGCUUGGCUCGAGUUGAGGGUUUGCUUGCGGGCCAGUCUGCCAAUGUACCGGCUGUAUCAACUCAGAAUUCUUGGCCAAGCAAUGCAACGGUGCAGCACUCAAGUUUGCAGUCAUCAAUGGGAACAUUGGUAGUCAAGGGAUCAAGAUCUCGCUAUCAUGGUCAAAAUGAUAGGAUCACUCUACUGAACCAGUUUGAGGAAGCCAAAGGAUUCGUCAAUCAAUGCUCCAAAGAUUCAUCCAUAGUGAAACUCGCCAGAGAAGUGCAAUUCCUACAGAGCAAGACCCAAGCACCUUUGGACUCUCCGCAAUCUAUGUCGGAGUUGGAGAGCUUUCCAGAGCUGCUCCAGCUUCUUCAGUCCCUUCCAUCGAAGUCAAUAUGUGACAGGCUUGUGGCUGUCUAUACCAACAACUUUGAGAAGACACUGCGGGUCUUACACAUUCCUUCUUUCCUUGGACAAUAUGAACAUUUCUGGGCAAGCCCCGAGGAUGAGUCCUACCUAUCUUCGCCUUUCAUUCCUCAACUGACUGCAAUAUUGGCUGUCUCGAUCAUGUUGGGAGAGGAAAGCAUCAAAAUGGAAGACAUCACUCCGUGGGAAUAUUUGAGAUUGAAUGCCGUCGGGCUGUUACAAGCAUGGCUACAAAAACUUCCAAGAAAACACCGCACCGAGCUUACAACCCUCCAAAUUGAAACACUCGUUCUCCUCGCCCGCCAACUUCGCCUAACAUCCGCCGAAGAAUCAUGGAAAGCUGCUGGCUCACUAGUCCGCUCUGCAAUGGUAAUGGGUCUUCACAUCGAUCUCUCUGGAUCUACCAAGAUGUCAGUCUUUCAAGCCGAGAGUAGGAGACGACUGUGGAUCACCAUUGCCGAGAUGGACCUCCAAGCUUCAAUCACAUCUGGGAUGCCGAUCAUGACGCCUCUAGUGGACUUCCACGCUCUGAGCCCAGCAAAUCUAAAUGAUGCCGACUUUAACCAAUCUACCACCGAGCUUCCUCCUCCUAGACCGCUGGAUGAACCAACUGACACUCUUGCUCUGGUGACCCUUUCCAGGACACUGUCGCACCGUGUCAACGCCAUGAACUUUAUACAGCAGACAGGCCCAGAUAGGGAUAUAGAUGAACAACUUAAGCAGGGCAGAAUACUAGAGGAAUGUUUACUCGGCAUUCCUGACCCUUUGAAGAUUGAUCACACUUUGGGCAGCGAUACCAUGCCACCUGCCAUCCUCAAUCAAGUCCUUCUAGACUUAUACAUCCGGCGACCCCUUCUCUGUCUUUACAGACCAGUCAGCACAGGCAGAAACCAAGACCAUACAGCCCUCCAAGAAAUACAACAGGCAUGUCUAGACUCAUCACUGACAAUCUUGUCCUACCAAGACUACUUUGACCCCAAUUUAGCAGACCUAGACGCCCAAAACUCUAACGAAUAUUGGGAUAUCUUCCACAAACUUUGCAAAAACGACGUUCUAUGGGCUGCUCUCAGUGUAUGCGAUUAUAUGAGGCAAUUCGCACAACAAGCGUCAAUUACAGACCAACAAUCCUCGAACGGCUUUUCAGAUCUCAACACUAAAAACCAAUCACACAGCAAAGCUAGCCUAACAAGACUGGUCGAAAACACCCUCGAAAGCCUCUCCCGCCGCAUCGGCGAAGCUGGAAAUAACGUCAAAGAUAUCCUUCUCCUCGCAGUAGUCUUGCAGUCUGUGCGUGGCCGCGGCUCACCGGAGACGAAAGACCGCUGGAUGACGCAGGGUGCGAAGAGAGCUCUUUCUGCUUGUCGGCAGUAUCUGUUACCUGCUGUUACGGAUCAGCAUUCUGCUUUUGGUGUACGUAUCGUGCAUCACACCUGGGGUAUUGGGAUCAGCUAA